AUGAGACACAACAGAAUAGUUCCGGACCAGUAUACCUUGCUUCAGUGUUUAGAGCUUGUUCUGGAACACGGAAUGAGAGCCCACGCUGUGAUGAUUAAGUGCCAUAUCAAGUCCAACAUUAUAGUCGAUAGUGCGCUUGUUGAUAUGUACUUCAAGUGCAGCAGUUUCUCUGAUGGCCACAAAUUAUUUGAUCAGUUGUCCACGAGAAACGUUGUUACAUGGACUUCAUUGAUGUCUGGGUAUGGUUAUCAUGGAAAAGUUUCAGAGGUGUUAAAAUGCUUUGGUAAGAUGAAGGAAGAAGGUUGUAGACCAAAUCCUGUUACAUUUUUGGUGGUUCUCACUGCGUGUAACCAUGGAGGUUUUGUUGAUAAAGCUUGGGAGCAUUUCAGUUCUAUGAAGAGAGAUUAUGGGAUUAAACCUAAGGGACAACACUAUGCAGCUAUGGUUGAUACGUUAGGGCGUGCUGGUAGGCUACAAGAAGCGUACGAGUUUGUUAUGAUGUCACCAUGCAAGGAGCACGCUCCGGUAUGGGGUUCCUUACUUGGGGCUUGCAGGAUUCCCGGGAAUGUGAAACUGCUAGAAGUCGCAGCUACAAAGUUUUUGGAGUUGGAUCCAACAAAUGGGGGGAAUUACGUGGUGUUUGCCAAUGGAUAUGCGAGUUGCGGAUUCCUGGAUGCUGCCUCAAAGGUUAGGCGGAGAAUGGAGAAUGCAGGAGUUAAAAAAGAUCCUGGGUAUAGCCAGAUCGAAUUACAAGGGAAAGUUCAUAGAUUCAUGAAAGAUGAUACGUCUCACAGAGUCUCUGUAAAGAUAUAUGAGAAGGUCCAUGAGAUGACUUCAUUCUUUAUGGAUGUUGACUACUAUCCAGAUGACUUACACGCUUGCUGUCCUGUUUGAAACAUGGACUGAUGAUAUCUCGUCUUGUCUUGCAUUGUUUGACCAAAACAACC